AAAUUAUUUUUUUAAGUCUUUUGUGUGCUUUACUUUCUCUGACUUGGUUUGUGUUUUUGUAUUGUAUAUUGAACUGUAACAGAGUAAUCUCAGAUACUAAUCGGAGGAAGAUAAAUUUUCUGAUUAAGCACUGAAAAUCGACGCGAGGAAAUUACCGUACUGCAGUAACAGAGAAAGCAAGCAUAAUGUCAAGCAAGGAGGAGAUUCAUCCAGACAUCUGGCGAACGUGCAAUAAGAUCCGUGCUGCCGUAGCCCAAAAAAACGUCAGCCUGUGGGAUAUUCUCAGUCCCCUCGACCCGCAGAAGGACUCUUUGGUUUCCGAGUCGGAGUUCUGCAACGCUGUGCGCCAGGCGAUUGGGCUGAGUGACCUUGAGGCUGCCCAGGUGGCGGCUCACUUCCGAACCAACGGCGGUCGCAUCCUCUACCGGCAGCUCUGCUCGCUCAUACAUGGUCAAGAUGCGCCCUGCUCGGCGGAGGUGCAACCGCAGUGGGCGGACGCACAACACGUGAGGGAAUUGUCUCAGUGCGAGGAGCGUCGCCUGUGCAUGCUGCUGCGAAAGCUGGCUGCCGCAGUCGCUGCGCGCCGACUCAUACUCAGGCCCUACUUCUACGACUACGAGCUAGUGGCAAAGAAUGCUGGCACUGUCACACUCAAUCAUUUUUCGAGAGUACUUUCUUUUGUUGGACUGCACAUUGCUUCAGAGGAGUUUCUUCUACUACUUAAGAAGUUCUUGAAAAGUGGUUAUACAGUGAAUUACAUUGCAUUUGUUAAUGUAAUUGAAAAUAUCAUCCUGGACCUUGAGAAACAUGGAGAGCUUGAAGCAUUAGGGAAAUCAGCCCAGUACCCUGGCCGUUAUCUGUCAGCUGAGAUGCCAAAAUUACCACGACCUGAGUUGGGUAAAGUUAGCUACCCUGCCCAAGCAACACACACUGCAUUGACAACCUACCCACCAGAUGAAAGUGCAGAUCAGCUAGUCAGACGGUUGCAGCAUCAUGUAUUGAGUGAAGGAAUUCGAACUCGUGAAGUUUUCACAGACAAGGAUCCUCAUAAAACUGGUUGUGUGACACGAGAACAAUUUCGAUGUGCUCUGGAUAUGCUGGGAGUUGCAGGAACACAACGGCUGUUUAUGUCUGAGACUGAGAUCCAUUCACUAGCUGAUGCUUAUAAAGAUCCAGAUAAUGAGUCAUACAUUUGCUGGGAUAGAUUUGUGAAUGAUAUUGAUAAAGUAUUUACAGUUCAUGGGCUCGAAAAAUUUCCCUGCUUGCGUGUGGAGGUGCCUCCAAAUGGCGUUCGUGAUGUUCCACGGAGGGGUGCUGUACAGCCUGGGACACCUCUUCCUAAAUUUUGUCAGGAUGCACUGGAUAACAUUAAAAUCCAGCUCAAAGAACUCAGUUGUCAGCUCCGUCCUGGAUUCAGCAACUACGACAAACGCAGAUGUGGUCAUGUUAGUCCAGAACAAUUUCGACAAGCCUUGCAAGUGGCUGGACUGGAUGUUCCUGGAGAUCAGCAAACUUGCUUACUACAGUACUUUAGUGAUGACAUGGGAUUCAAUUAUCAAUCCUUUCUUCAAGCUGUUGAACCUCUGGAUAAUCCACCAUUGUAUGAGAAAUAUUUGGAACAAGUGAAAAGAAUAAAUGCUCCGAGACCAGGAAGAAAACCUUCCUCUCAGGAGACAAACAUAGUUGAAAUAAUGGCAAAAAUGAAAUCAAAGGUUGUCAAAAAUCGGAUGAGAAUUAUAGAAUUUUUGAGGAACUUUGAUCGCCACAAUCAACAAUGUAUCUCAAAGGCAAACUUUGCUCGGGGUUUGGAUCCAUUAGGAUUGCAACUUACUCCAACAGAAGUUGAAACACUUGCUGAAGUAUUUGCAAGCCCUAAGCAACCAGGAUUUGUAGAGUAUCUUCGUCUGGUUGAAGCAGUUGAAGAAGCUGUUACCCAGGCAGGACUUCAAAGAGCACCUACAAUUACUCCAAUUCAGCAUCUGGCAAUUAAUGAUGGUGAUCACAAUUUCCUAAAUUUUGAGGAACGGCAGAUGGUUAUACGUGUUCUUGAGCGGCUGGCAAGGCAUAAUGAAUACAACUUUAUUUCAGCUUUUAAGGACUGGGAUCCUACAAACAUUGGGACAAUAUCAAAAGAGCAGCUGUUCAAAGUUUUUUCAGUACUGGGAAUUGCUUCAUCAUUUUCUGGUCAAGAAAUUGACAUUCUAACCAAGUGUUUUGGCAUUGAACGUGGCCUCCGAUUAGAAGUUGACUACAGAGCACUGUGUCAUGUGCUUGACAUUUUACAUAAUACGAGCAAAGCACAUGCCGCCUAAGAACUCUAGAAAAGUUUGCAUUCAUCGAAUUGAGCUAUGAUCCAUCUUUUUUCAGUGCUUAAUCUUCAGUGUAAAAUACAUGUUAUGCCAAUGAUUA